UAAAAGACCCAAAAACCCAACCUAAAUUUUUUUAAAACCACCCAUUCAUGUUCUCUCCUAUUUCACUGUCCAGGCUUUGCCUUCCCUACCUUCUACUUGGCCAUUUGGAAUCAGUGUCUUAUUCGUUUACCUUCUAUAAAGCCUCCUACUUUUUUCACAUCAAGUUCACGUUUGCCAUGACAUAAAAGACAAAAAUCUGUGGCCAAAAACAUUAUAAUAAAAACAAGUGUUUUUGGUAUUUGUAAGUUUCUUUUUUUUCUUUUUGAUCAUACCCAAGUUACUAUUUCAUCACCCUCAUGACAGAGACAAACAAAUCUCAAUUGAAACAGAAAUCACAUAUAAAAAUCUAGAAAACGUUACUGUCUCGUUGAUCACUGCUCAUUUAAUGCCUUUGACAAACGCCCUGCUGAAAAAUGGAGGAUCAUAAAGAGGAGAAAUCAUGAAAUCUAUUCCCUAUGUGGGUCAAUCGCGAUUGGCUACAAUUACUGGGUUUUAAGUGAUGAUGACAGGAGAUAAAGGCAACAUAAAGCCCCUCCUACUGAAAGUUGGGGUGGCUUUAGCCCUGUCUUUUGCUGGUUUUCUCUUUUCUCGCCUCAGAAGCAGAAGGGUCCAGCCCUCCCUGCACCCUCCGACCUCGCCGCGCUCUUCAGAUGAAGCUGAUUCAGGGAGAAAACCUCUACUAAAAGUUGAAAUUCACGACAGAGGGACAGCACCCAGUUGCUGCAGUGUUGUUUCGGCUGUAUCUGAAGAGGCGGGUAUUCCGAGGGCCAGCAGUGAUAUUUCUGUGGUCAGUAUCUCUCCGAGGAGCAAACAUAGUGAAAACAAAGAUGGGCUUCUCUUGCCUGAGUUUGAUGAAAUUGUGAAGGACUUUGACUGUGCUAUUGCCAGUGGUGGGGUUUCUCCAAGGAAAGAUGUUGGUACGCCUCUAGAUAGUCCAAAACUGCUUGUAAGUGCAGAGAAGGAUGAACAUGCUCAAGAGAUCAGACACCUUCGUAACAUGGUUAGAAUGCUUCGGGAGAGGGAGAGGAAUCUUGAGGUUCAGUUGCUUGAGUAUUAUGGCCUUAAAGAACAGGAGACUGCUGUCAUGGAGCUCCAAAACCGGUUGAAGAUAAAUAACAUGGAGGGUAAGCUUUUCACUCUCAAAAUUGAAUCAUUACAGGCUGAAAACCGAAGACUGGAGGCACAAGUGGCUGAUCAUGCUAAAGUGGUUUCCGAACUUGAGGCUGCAAGAGCAAAAAUUAAACUGCUGAAGAAGAAACUCAAAUCUGAAGCUGAAAGCAAUAGGCAACAGAUCCUGAAUCUUCAGCAGAGAGUUGGCAAGUUGCAAGAUCAGGAAUGCAAGUCUACUUCAAGUAAUUCAGAAGUUCAGUUGAGGCUGAAAAGGUUAAAGGGUUUGGAGGAUGAGAUGAAACAGAUUAGAGAAUCUAAUAUGAGAUUGCAACUAGAAAAUUCUGAAUUGGCUCAGAGGUUGGAUUCCACUCAGAUCCUUUCAUGUUCUGUUUUGGAAGAUCCAGAGAUGGAAGCCGUGAUGGAAGAGAGUGAGCGGUUGAGACAAGAAAAUCAAGAAUUGGGGAAGAAAAUUGAACAACUUCAAGCAGAUCGAUGUGCUGAUGUUGAAGAAUUGGUUUAUCUCCGGUGGAUAAAUGCUUGCUUAAGGUAUGAACUACGGAAUUUUCAGCCUGAAUCUGGUAAAACUGUGGCAAGGGACCUUAGCAAGAGCUUAAGCCCUGAGUCUGAGGCAAAAGCCAAGCAGCUAAUCCUUAAAUAUGCAAAGAGUGAUGGGAUAGGGGAAAAGGGGAUCAACCUCUUGGAUUUUGAUUCUGACCAAUGGUCAUCCUCCCAAGCUUCCUUUCUUUCAGACUCUGGAGAGUUGGAUGAAACUUCUGCUGAUUUUCCGUUGGCUACCAAAACAAAUACUUCGAGCAAGAGCAAAAUUUUCAGCAAGCUCAGGAAACUUCUACGUGGGAAAGACAAUCAUCAUAAUAACCAGGUUUUGUCAACUGAAAAGUCUGGAUCCAUAGAAGAUUGUGAUUCACCUAGGUGCAGUUCAAGUACGUUCACAGGAUUUUUUCCGGAUAUUGAGGGCCAAAGUAGUAGAUUUGCAACAACUCAGUGUUCAUCUAGGGCUUCUUUGGAUCUAUCCACACCAAAGAGUUUUAAAGAAGAGCAUAGUAAGGAUAUAGAUUGUACUCCAACAGAUAGCAAUUUGGGAUCAUUUCCUGUGUAUAAGAGAUCAACACUCAAAGAUCAACAUGAGCAGCACUUAGAUUCCUUUGAGAAAUCCGAGUUGGUGAAAUAUGCAACGGCUCUGAAAGGCGCUCGUCAUGGAUCACUCAACUUAACAAGAAGAAGAUCACAUAGUUCUUUUUGACAAAUAGCAAUUCCCAUCUGCAAAGGUUUUUUCUCUUCAUCUGUUCAUAUAUAUGAUAUAUAUACAGCUAUUUCACACGCUUCAAAAUUAACCAAUGAAGUAGAGUGUAACAUAAUACUGUCAGAAAGACUAGCUAGAAUCAAAUUUUGCAAAAGCCGAAAGCUUCUUCAAUAAGUGAUCAGUCUUUGAGUUACUGGUUCAGUCUACUUUAUGGCAAUAGAGUACUAGAGUUUUUAGUUAGUAUUUGUAAAAUUAGUGGUUCAGCUCUUUAGAAAUAUUAUUGUUGUUGUUUGAUUUGAAAUAUUUUUGCAUCAUAUACUGGAAAUAAAGAGCUAGGAAGGAAAAUUUUUACCCAUUUUCUUGUAUAUACUCUGCUCAGCCUGCCUAUGUAUAUGUUGCAUUGAUUAUCAUCAUGAAAGCUUUAUUAGCUAUAUAAAUGAUCAUAUUUCCCACAUUCCUUGUAAAAUCUUCUGUUUUGUAUUAUGUAAUGUUGGAAAUUGCAAUUGCAUACAAUUAUAUUGUAUUAUUAUUAUUAUUA